CUCUUUAAGGUGCCCGAGGCUCGCGGGCGCUGAGAGGAGGGAACGGCGGGAGGCGCGGCCUGGCCUGGCUCGCACAGCCGCCGCGCGCGCCCCGGACUCGGCCGACCCGCCGGGGGACGAGGGGCAGCGGCCUCGCGGCACCGCGGCGCACGCUUCCUGGCAGUUACUGAUUGUCUCUGAAGAAACAUGAAGUCACACUAUGUUGUUAUGCUUACGCUAGUCAUCCUGAUGUUCCUGACAUGGCUCCCUGUGUCACUGAGCUGUAACAAAGCACUCUGUGCUAGCGAUGUGAGCAAAUGCCUCAUUCAGAAAAAUAAAAGUAAACCACUCUCUUUCUCCCCUCUUCCUACCCGCCCCCCAGGUAUGUGUAAUCCUCGAAAUUACAGUGACACGCCUCCCACUUCAAAGAGCACAGUGGAGGAGCUGCACGAGCCCAUCCCUUCUCUCUUCAGGGCACUCACAGAAGGAGAUACUCAGCUGAAUUGGAACAUUGUUUCCUUCCCUGUUGCAGAAGAACUUUCACAUCAUGAGAAUCUGGUUUCAUUUUUAGAAACUGUGAACCAGCCACACCACCAAAAUGUGUCUGUUCCCAGCAAUAAUGUUCAUGCACCUUAUUCCAGUGACAAAGAACACAUGUGUACUGUGGUCUAUUUUGAUGACUGCAUGUCCAUCCAUCAGUGUAAAAUAUCCUGUGAGUCAAUGGGAGCAUCCAAAUAUCGCUGGUUUCAUAAUGCCUGCUGCGAGUGCAUUGGUCCUGAAUGUAUUGACUAUGGUAGUAAGACUGUCAAAUGUAUGAACUGCAUGUUUUAAAGAAGGAAAAGAAAUGCAAACCAAAGCAGAUUAGUAAAAAGAAAGGUAUGAAAGUUAUUCAGUAA